GGAAAUGCCAUCUUUCGCGAUCAUCCCCGGUCGUGCUUUGGACAGGAAUGACCCCGUCAUCCCCUGUCUCGGCUUGGAGCUCAUGAGUAACAGUGGUGUGUAUGGGAUACCUGGCUUCGAUGAAGAUCGUCUCGCAUUUCUAGAUCAUGCGUACAAACAUGGAGAGACCUCUUGGGAUACUUCCGACAAGUACGGUGAUUCCGAGGAUCAUCUGGGUACAUGGAUUGCAGAAAACCCAGAAAAGCGCAUGAAUACAUUUUUCGCUACAAAGUUUGGCAUGAAAUCGAGUACUGUGGAGAAAAAGAUCAAUAUCGAUUCAACGCCUGAAUACUGCCAUGAAGCUAUUGAAUCGUCGCUGGAGCGCCUUGGCUUUCCCUAUGUCUAUCUCUUUUUCGUACAUAGCCUGGAUAAGGUGAAAUCAGUUGGGAAAAAGGCCCAGACUAUGGUUGAACUCAAGAAUGCAAGCAAGAUCAGAUAUCUAGGUCUGAGCGAAUGCAGCGCAGAAUCGUGGCGCCGUGCAGGUAGAAGAGCACGUGAGUUGGGAAUAGCAAUUGUUUGCUACGGACCGUUAGGAAAUGGGUUUGUGGGUGGAGAAUUGCGGUCGUGUGAUGAUGUUACCAAGCCUAGAGACUCACGUGGUGUGUUGCCAUGGCUCUCUGGCGAUAAUCUCGACCAUAACUUGGGCGGUUUCAAUAGACUUUCGGACUUUGCUGAGGAGAAAAGAAUCACCAUGGGACAACUGGCACUAGCGUGGCUGCUUACACAGGGCGACGAUAUUUUCCUAUCCCGGGAACGACUAAGGCUGAAGGAGGAAAAGGCAAUUCCAAAGUUGUCGUCAUCCGUUGUUGGUGGUCGCUUCCAGAAUAUGACUGGAUAUGCCUUGGCGCAUACUCCAAAGUUGCCCUCAAUAGCCCUUUACGCAAUUCAUGUGAUAGCAGAUACAUCUAACGUGUUCCCUCAAUAG